UUUAGUUCACGCCGAGGUCUCAUUGGAAGAGAAAGUCGAAGAUUAUUUAGCGCACUGUUUAUGCUCCAGUAGCUGUCUUUAAUUUUUUACCCAGACAGAACAAUCCCAACUCUUUGACAAUGGCUUUCACCAAAGGUCCUGCCUACGGGUUAUCAGCGGAAAUAAAAAACAAGAUCGCACAGAAGUACGACCCUCAAAAGGAGGAGGAGCUGAGGAUCUGGAUCGAAGACGUCACUGGCGCUUCCAUCGGGCCCGACUUCCAGAAAGGCCUGAAGAAUGGAGUCAUUCUGUGCAAUCUUAUCAAUGAACUUGCCCCAGGCUCUGUGAAAAAGAUCAACCAGUCUGCGCUGAACUGGCAUCAGCUGGAGAACCUGACAAACUUCACCAAAGCCACCACAAUGUACGGCCUGAAGCCUCACGACAUCUUCGAAGCCAAUGACCUGUUUGAGAACGGCAACAUGACGCAGGUCCAGACGUCACUGCUCGCACUCGCUAGCAUGGCUAAGACUAAGGGCAUGCAGUCUCGAGUGGACAUCGGGGUGAAGUACGCUGACAAACAGGAGAGGAUGUUUGAUGAGGAAAAGAUGAAGGCUGGACAGUGCGUCAUUGGCCUGCAGAUGGGGACCAAUAAGUGCGCAAGCCAGGCAGGUAUGAACGCAUAUGGCACCAGGAGGCAUUUAUAUGACAGCAAAGCUGCAAUCCAGCCUCCCAUGGACAACACAACCAUCAGCCUGCAAAUGGGAACCAACAAGGGAGCGAGCCAGGCUGGUAUGACAGCUCCAGGGACAAGGCGUGCCAUUUACGACGAAAAAAAACUGGGCACCGCCAAGUGUGACAACAGCACCAUGUCCCUUCAGAUGGGUUACAACCAGGGAGCCAAUCAGAGCGGCCAGAACUUCGGCCUGGGACGGCAGAUCUUCGACGCCAAAUACUGUAGAGCAGGAGAGGUUGCAGAUGAUCAGAACGGAGGAGGUGCCCCCCACGAGUACAUCCCAGAUUUCCAAGACGAGGGUUACCAAGGUUACCAAGAAGAAGAGCCGGUGUACCAGGAGGACGGGACAGAUUACUAGAAAAAAGGAAGAAAGGAGCUGAGGAAGGGAAAGAGCAGAGAGAAACUGUUAUUUUUAUAUACACAGGAUGUUGCACCUUUUUGGGGGAUCAUCCUUUUUAGUAUUGUAUGAAAUUGUUUUCCUACCCCUGUUUGUGCAAAAACCGAUGUUACACAUAUCAUGAUGAACUGCAUUCCUGUGACUUUUGUAUUUAAAGUGACCACAAAAGCCAAUCUGUUUGGCUUAGCUAGUUUUCUAUCCCAGGGAUUUUUUUUAAAGUGCCAAAGCCCUUGUUGGGUUUUUUUUUCCCUUUUCCUCAGUGUUUUUGCUGACUGAUUAGUUGCAUUAAGGGAGAUCCCCAGGUUUUUGUAAGGGCAACAUGAAAUUAAAAGUGAAACAUUAGGGAGUUGAAUACAAAAAAAAACAUUUUUAAGAAUCAUGCUUUGAUCAAAACACCCACGCUUGUGUUUAUCUGUAAUCUCUGUAUGAAAACAUAAUUCCUGUGAAUGAGAAUGUACAUGUGUCUUGGUUUUCCCCUCAGUAUUGGUCAUUUGCGAACACUUUAGUUGUUCAGAGAGAUUAGGGAACAAUUUCUUUUUCGAACAAACUAGUCUUACCUUUUCAUACUGUAUCUUUUCUCAUUCAUUUCACUGUUUUUUCUUUUUUUUUUAAUGGAGGAAAUAUUUCCCUUGUUUGCAUAACCAGUACAACUGGAGUUAAGCUUGUUUUCUUUGGACAGUGGGGGAGUGGAAACAAAAACACAAAGUUGAGUUUUGAACAUUCCAAGCAAGAAUACUGGAUUCUUCUUUCUUUUUGUCAGUGAGUAGUAAUGUUUAAGUUAAUCAAUCUUAAUUAUUGGAUGAUAUGCAAACCAAUCAUAUCAUUUGAUCAUUCAAGAUUAUUAUUUAUGCAUAUUUUUGAUUUGAAUGGGGGCCGUUUUGUACCUUGUCUCUGAAAAACAUUUAGUAUUGGACUGUACUUUCAAAGAAAAGUUUGAAUUGAAGUAUGCUUUUGUGAAUACGGUGUAAUAAAGAUGUGUAUUCAUU